AUGCCUGCACCGUCUCAGCUGUCUAUUUCUACCUCGGCUCUGAAUCGCCUGGUCAAGGAGGAGGCGAGCUACCGUAAAGAAUACGAGGACCAGCAGGCACGCAUUGCCAAGAUCGAGGCUUCUGAUAGCAAUGACGAGAACGCAGAAUAUACUCUGAAGCAGGAGGUGAGUGGCACAUGAAAGGAGGAAAACAGUGUUAUCAUCAGAUUUGAUUUGCAUGGUCAAGGCGCACGUCUGGAUAUCUCGCUGUCGUAGUUGCUAAUCUACAAUCAUCGCUCUCUGGACGCCUUCGCUAAUCACAUUUCUCUCCCCUCCGACCAUGCCAAUUCCAAUGCUAAUGCCCGUCUGUUCGUACAGCGCAGAGCUCUCGAAGAGACCAAAGCCAUGUUCCCUCAGCUCAAGGCCAAGAUCGAGGAGGCCAAGUCGAAGCUCGAAGCGCGGUUGGUAAGUAUAUCUGAAAUAAUUCGUACAAUCCUUCUCUGCCACAUAUCUGUCCAUUUCAUGCAUUCGUUGUUGGUCAUGUAUUUUUUUCGCUAACUAGAUUUCGUUGUGCAGGAGCAAGACAAGGGUCCUGGUGAUCAGAGCUCGCCGGAGGAUAUCACAAAAGCGAAGGAGGCAAUCGCAUCUGCGCUGGGUACAAUGAGAGCGACGUCUUGA